AUCAUCAAGAAAAAGUUAUCAUCAAUUUGAAUGAAGAAGAUGAAGAUUUUAUCAAUAAUAAUAAUAUUUGGAAAUAUAUAAAUGUCUAUCCAGAACAAGCAGAGGAUACUCAAAGCUGGAAAACUGUAACUCUAACUCACCGAUCACUUCUGGAACCAUUUCAAGAUGAAAACGAAGAAAAUCCAGGAAUAGAAAGAUUAAAAAUGAGAAAAAUCAGAAACAUGAAUACUGGCAAUGACAUAGUCAGUAUUGCGUGGUCGGAAAUGUUAGAGGAUCCAAAUGAAAUCUUCAGAAAUUCUGAAUUAAAGAAAGUGAGAUGA